CUUCAAUCCAACUGGAUCAAGCUGAGACCUGAAAAGAGAUCUUGAAUCCUGUGGCAGUGGACAGACCCAAGAAUGCCAGUCAAGAAGAAAGAUACUGAUCGAGCUUUAUCAUUAUUGGAAGAAUAUUGCAAAAAGUUAAGGAGACCAGAGGAACAACUGCUGAAAAAUGCUGUUAAAAAGGUGAUGAGUAUCUUUAAGAGCAGCUUAUUCCAAGCUUUGCUAGAUAUUCAAGAAUUUUAUGAGGUGACAUUGCUCAAUUCUCAAAAAAGUUGUGAGCAGAAGAUAGAAGAAGCCAAUCAAGUUGCACAGAAAUGGGAAAAGACAUCCUUUUUUGCCCCAUACCAUGAUAAUCUUCAAAAAUCUCCAGAGCAUAUAGCUUGCAGUGGACUAAAAGAAAAUGCUUCAUGUAUUGAGCAAAACAAAGAAAGUCAGUGUUUUGAAAAUGAAAUGGUUGAAAAGACAAAUCAAAACCAAGGCAAAUGCCCAGCCCAGAAUUGUUCAGUGGAAGCCCCUGGUUGGAUGCCUGUUCACCACUGUACUAAGUAUCGAUACCAAGAUGAGGACGCUCCACAUGAUCAUUCCUUACCUCGAUUAACCCACGAAGUAAGGGGCCCGGAACUCGUGCACGUAUCAGAAAAGAACCUGUCUCAAAUAGAAAAUGUCCAUGGAUAUGUCUUACAGUCUCAUAUUUCUCCUCUGAAGGCCAGCCCUGCUCCUAUAAUUGUCAACACAGAUACUUUGGACACGAUUCCUUAUGUCAAUGGGACAGAAAUUGAAUAUGAAUUUGAAGAGAUUACAUUGGAGAGGGGAAAUUCUGGUCUGGGAUUCAGUAUUGCUGGAGGGACAGAUAAUCCCCACAUUGGAGAUGACCCUGGCAUAUUUAUUACGAAGAUUAUACCAGGAGGUGCUGCAGCGGAAGAUGGCAGACUCAGGGUCAAUGAUUGUAUCUUGCGGGUGAAUGAGGUCGAUGUGUCCGAGGUUUCCCACAGUAAAGCAGUGGAAGCCCUCAAAGAGGCGGGAUCUAUCGUCCGGCUGUAUGUGCGUAGAAGACGACCAAUUUUGGAAACCGUUGUGGAAAUCAAGUUGUUCAAAGGGCCAAAAGGUUUAGGCUUCUCUAUUGCAGGAGGUGUGGGGAACCAACACAUACCUGGAGACAACAGCAUUUAUGUAACUAAAAUUAUAGAUGGAGGAGCUGCACAAAAAGAUGGAAGGUUGCAAGUAGGAGACAGACUACUAAUGGUAAACAACUACAGUUUAGAAGAAGUAACACAUGAAGAGGCAGUAGCAAUAUUGAAGAAUACAUCAGAUGUAGUUUAUCUAAAAGUUGGCAAACCCACCACAAUUUACAUGACUGAUCCUUAUGGUCCACCUGAUAUUACUCACUCUUAUUCUCCACCAAUGGAAAACCAUCUACUCUCUGGCAACAACGGCACUUUAGAAUACAAAACCUCCCUGCCACCCAUCUCUCCAGGAAGGUACUCGCCAAUUCCAAAGCACAUGCUUGUUGAAGAUGACUACACCAGGCCUCCGGAACCUGUUUACAGCACUGUGAACAAACUAUGUGAUAAGCCUGCUUCUCCCAGGCACUAUUCCCCUGUUGAGUGUGACAAAAGCUUCCUCCUCUCAGCUCCCUACCCCCACUACCACCUAGGCCUGCUCCCUGACUCUGAGAUGACCAGUCAUUCCCAACACAGCACUGCAACCCGUCAGCCUUCAGUGACUCUCCAAAGGGCCAUCUCGCUGGAAGGAGAGCCCCGGAAGGUGGUCCUGCACAAAGGUUCCACUGGCCUGGGCUUCAACAUUGUGGGUGGGGAAGAUGGAGAAGGUAUUUUUGUAUCUUUCAUCCUGGCUGGUGGACCAGCAGACCUGAGUGGGGAGCUUCAGAGAGGAGAUCAGAUUCUUUCGGUGAAUGGCAUUGACCUUCGUGGAGCAUCCCAUGAACAGGCAGCUGCUGCACUAAAGGGAGCUGGGCAGACGGUGACAAUUAUAGCACAAUAUCAACCUGAAGAUUACGCUCGAUUUGAGGCCAAAAUCCAUGACCUACGAGAGCAGAUGAUGAACCACAGCAUGAGCUCCGGGUCCGGGUCCCUGCGAACAAAUCAGAAACGCUCCCUCUAUGUCAGAGCCAUGUUUGACUAUGACAAGAGCAAGGACAGUGGGCUGCCAAGCCAAGGAUUGAGUUUUAAAUAUGGAGAUAUUCUCCAUGUUAUCAACGCCUCUGAUGAUGAGUGGUGGCAAGCCAGGAGAGUCACGCUGGAGGGAGACAGCGAGGAGAUGGGCGUCAUCCCCAGCAAGAGAAGGGUGGAAAGAAAGGAGCGUGCCCGAUUGAAGACAGUGAAGUUUAAUGCAAAACCUGGAGUGAUUGAUUCAAAAGGGUCAUUCAAUGACAAGCGUAAAAAGAGCUUCAUCUUUUCACGAAAAUUCCCAUUCUACAAGAACAAGGAGCAGAGUGAGCAGGAAACCAGUGAUCCUGAACGAGGACAAGAAGACUUCAUUCUUUCCUAUGAGCCUGUCACAAGGCAGGAAAUAAACUAUACCCGGCCAGUGAUUAUCCUGGGCCCCAUGAAGGAUCGGAUCAAUGAUGACUUGAUAUCUGAAUUCCCAGAUAAAUUUGGCUCCUGCGUGCCACAUACCACAAGGCCAAAGCGUGACUAUGAGGUGGAUGGCAGAGACUAUCACUUCGUCAUUUCCAGAGAACAAAUGGAGAAAGACAUCCAAGAGCACAAGUUUAUAGAAGCCGGCCAGUACAAUGACAAUUUAUAUGGAACCAGUGUGCAAUCUGUGAGAUUUGUAGCAGAAAGGGGCAAACACUGUAUACUUGAUGUAUCAGGAAAUGCUAUCAAGCGGCUACAAGUUGCCCAGCUUUAUCCCAUUGCCAUCUUCAUUAAGCCCAAGUCUCUGGAACCUCUGAUGGAAAUGAAUAAGCGUCUAACAGAGGAACAAGCCAAGAAAACCUAUGAUCGAGCAAUUAAGCUAGAACAAGAAUUUGGAGAAUAUUUUACAGCUAUUGUCCAAGGAGACACCUUAGAAGAUAUUUAUAACCAAUGCAAGCUUGUUAUUGAAGAGCAAUCUGGGCCUUUCAUCUGGAUUCCCUCAAAGGAGAAGUUAUAAAUUAGCUACUGCGCCUCUGACAACGACAGAAGAGCAUUUAGGAGAACAAAAUAUAUAUAAUAUUACUACUUGGAGGCUUUUAUGUUUUUGUUGCAUUUAUGUUUUUGCAGUCAAUGUGAAUUCUUAUGAAUGUACAACACAAACUGUGUGAAGCCAUGAAGGAAACGGAGGGGCCAAAGGGUGGGACAGAAAAGACAUUGCAGUACGCAGGAAGGCCUUGGUUUGCUCAAAGUACCAGGUGUAGGGAUGAACCUCUGAUGGGCUUUCUGCCCACGACACGGGCAGCCUCCUCACCCCAGCAGAUGUCCAGAGCUGAUUUAGCUGCUGAGCUCUCUGUGUUUUUUGCUUUAAAGAAAAGUUGCCAGCACUCGAACCUCACCAACCUUCCCAUUACCCACAUCUGUAAUUGGUACACUUCGAGUUUUAUAACUAUGCACAUCCUUUGAUUUCUAAACAAGCAAAAGAAAGAAGGAAAACAGAAAGGAGUCCUUUUGGAGACGGCAUACUAUCAGGGAAGGAUAAGUGUGUGUAGUUUUCUUGGCAUCUGCAAAGACGAGCAUUUCAUAAAAUUCACAAAGUGUGUGGAGGACUAACCUCACUGAGAGGAGGGGAUUCCACCUGGGAUUAGCUUUGAUUAUUGAUUGUCUAUUUUGCCAUUUAUAAACUGAAAGAAGGCACUAAAGAUGAGAAUAAUUUAUACAAUAAAAUAUAUUAAAUGUAUAGAAACGAAUUUCUAUAGGUUAAAAAAGUUUUGUGAAAUAUUUUGUAAAGACUAAUUAAUUGAAAGACUAAAUGUAUGCACUAUCAGCAGAUGAUCAAAUUCAAGGACUGAAAGUUGCACUCUCCCUUUUGUUGCCAAUGAUCCAUUAAGAGUACCUAAGUUCCUCCCCAGUCUGACAAAGACUUCUCACUUCCGCCUAUGAUCUCCCCUCCACACCAGUGGUACACUCCCGUGGAGCACAUCCCUUCAUGAGUCGCCCUCAUGGAUAACUUUUUGGAAGACAUUUGAUUAACGCAUUUUUAAGAUGGUGGUCUUUCAGAAACAAUAUCAUGCAAAUUAACUAAAGGGACGUUUUUACUUUUCUCUAGUGAAGUAACCUGGGCCUGCCACAUAAAUAGUUGGAAAUUACUUUGUUCCUACUUAGUUACAUACAGUUCA